CCUUCCUGAUGUAUAUGGACCCCAUAGCCAGUCAUUCUUACUGUUCUCCCGUCGUGGACUCCAUCUUCAUCGCCUCUCCCUAUCUAUCGUUACUGUACAACAACCAAACCUGCUUUUUGAUACUCCAAUAAACCAAUAAACAAUUCAGACGGUCGUUGCCCUAGAUUUCUCCACGAACCUUCAUCGGUAGUCCGCCUGUAAUUCAAGAAACUCUCUCUCUCUCUGGAAGAACACCUGUUCUUUCCAACCUCCAUGGAACAGGUAAUCUUGUCCUUUGUUUAAUCCGCUCCAUCCUUUUUUUGUCUCGGUCCCAACUCUGCUUGAUUUCUCCUCGUCUCACUCUGAAUUGAACUGUGCAAGAAAGCCAGGCCUUGCCUUUUGGUACACUUCGCUUUUGAGAGAAGAGAGAGUGGUCCUAUCUAGAAGUUGUUCUGCAUUUCAUGGACUGGCAUUAUCAUGUGGUAGCGAUAAAAGGCUGCAUCUAGAACAUGGAAGGACUUCGGUUUCAUUCUUGAGAAUUCAAAGGUUGAUUCUCUGUAUUGAACAUUGUUCACUGAACAAACCAAAAUGAUGAACAGCCGGCAAGAGAAGUUUGUGAGGUUUCAGGAUUGGAAAUCAGAGAGAUCUUUAAGUUCCAAGUGGCAAUUUUCCUCAAGAGACGAAUUUCAUCCAGGAAAGAUAAGCACAGGAAUAAGAUCAGUUUCAGAAAGGAUCCAAAGUAGUUUUGAACGAGGUUCUCAAGGGAUUAGAAGUAUAAGUAAAUCAUUGAACUUCAAUUCUGUUACUGGUACACAGACAAAAGAUUCAGGAUCUAGAAGGAAAGUUCUUGACCCACAAGAGCCAUUCCUUCAAAGGUGGAACAAAAUAUUUGUACUCUCAUGUGUAGUUGCAAUCUCUCUGGAUCCAUUAUUCUUCUAUAUCCCAGUCAUCUAUCAUAAAGAUGAGAAGAAGUGCCUUGAUUUGGAUAAGAAAUUGGAGAUCACAGCUAGUGUGUUGCGUUCAUUCACAGAUAUCUUUUAUUUGCUUCAUAUUAUCUUCCAAUUUAAUACUGGUUUUAUUGCUCCUUAUUCUCGAGUAUUUGGAAGAGGUGUUUUGGUUAAAGAUCCUUUGGCUAUAGCAAAACGAUAUUUGUCAUCUUAUUUCCUAAUUGACAUCCUAGCAGUUCUUCCACUACCACAGGUGGUAAUUUUGAUUGUCAUCCCCAACUUACAAAGCUCCAAUUCAUUGAAUACAAAGAACUUGUUGAAGAUUGUUGUUCUAUUGCAGUAUGUGCCAAGGCUUCUUAGAAUCUAUCCAUUGUAUAAAGAAGUCACGAGGACUUCUGGCAUAAUCACUGAAACAGCAUGGGCUGCAGCUGCUUUCAAUCUCUUUCUUUACAUGCUUGCCAGUCAUGUACUUGGGGCCCUAUGGUACUUAUUUUCAAUUGAACGAGAAGAUGCAUGCUGGCGACGUGCAUGUGGGAAUGAUACUGUAUGCAGGGAAAACUUAUAUUGUGGUGGUGAAGCUAAGACAGGGGUGAGGGUUUCAUUUCUAAAUGAUUCUUGCCCUAUUUCAGAUAAAAAUACAACAUUUUUCGAUUUUGGAAUAUUCCUUGAUGCUCUUCAGUCUGAAGUAGUGGAGUCAAGUAACUUUCUACAGAAAUUGUUUUACUGCUUUUGGUGGGGACUGCGAAAUCUGAGUUCUCUUGGUCAAAAUCUGAAAACAAGUACUUUUGUUUGGGAGAUUUGUUUUGCGGUCUUCAUUUCUAUCUUCGGCUUGGUUCUCUUUUCAUUGCUUAUUGGCAAUAUGCAGACAUAUCUUCAGUCCAUCACUGUUAGAUUAGAAGAGAUGAGGGUGAAGAGGCGAGAUGGAGAGCAGUGGAUGUCCCACCGUUUGCUUCCAGACGGCCUGAGGGAGAGGAUAAGGCGGUAUGACCACUACAAAUGGCAAGAAACAAGAGGUGUUGAUGAAGAUAAUUUGCUACGUAACCUUCCCAAGGACCUAAGGAGGGACAUAAAGCGCCAUCUCUGCUUGGAUCUACUCAAGAGAGUACCAAUAUUUGAAAAAAUGGAUGAGCAACUGUUGGAUGCAAUGUGUGAUGGCCUGAAGCCAGUGCUCUACCCUAAGGAAAGCUACAUUGUUCGUGAAGGGGACCCGGUUGAUGAGAUGCUCUUCAUCAUGCGAGGCAAGUUAUGGAGUGAAACCACCAAUGGUGGAAGGACAGGAUUCUUCAACUCAGACUAUCUCAAGGCUGGGGACUUCUGUGGAGAAGAGCUGCUCACGUGGGCUCUGGAUCCUCACUCCUCUUCAAACCUCCCCAUCUCAACCCGAACCGUGCGAGCCCUGACAGAAGUUGAAGCUUUCUCUCUUAUGGCUGAUGACUUGAAGUUUGUGGCCUCCCAGUUCCGGCGGCUCCACAGCAAGCAGCUCCGGCACACCUUCAGGUUCUACUCGCAGCAGUGGAGGACAUGGGCUGCCUGUUUUAUACAGGCAGCUUGGCGUCGGUACUGUAAGAAGAAGCUGGAGGAGUCUCUACGUCAGGAGGAAGAUAGGUUACAGGAUGCAUUAGCGAAGGGGGUUGGGAGCUCCCCAAGCCUUGGGGCCACCAUCUAUGCUUCACGAUUUGCCGCUAAUGCACUACGUCUCCUAAAGCGUAAUGGUGCACGCAAGGCGAGGUUGCCGGAAAGAGUACCACCCAUGCUGCUUCAGAAGCCGGCAGAGCCUGAUUUUUCUGCAGAAGAUCGUUAGCAUUAGCAAGGCGAAAUGCUGAUCUCCCCAGUUGUUCUGAUGUGCAGAGAAUUGAGUAAAAAAUGGGGCUUUUCAGAUCUCAAUGACAUGGUCAUGGUUCUUCGCUUCUUCCACACAGUAAUGAUGCUCCUGUUUGUAAUAUAAAGUAGUGUGUUUUGCGUGUUUGUGCUUGUAUACGAAAACUGGAUUUGUAUAUAUAUCCUUUUGGGUUUUGGUUCUUUUCUUUCUUUUGGCAGAAAAAAAAUGUGAGUUAAGAUUAUUGAACUCUGCCCAAGCCUUUUCUUUAUAGUUUAUACUGAUCUUCAUUCUUAAGAAACAUGACGUUAGUCCUAGA